UGACUCGCACGAGAUCCCUUGGCCGCCGCCCUCGCACUCGCAUCCUUCGCCGCCGCCCUCGCACAUCAAGCCGCCGUCGAUCCCUGCGCUACUACGGGAGCCGCCGCCGAUCCCAUUGAGGAGCUGCCGCCGAUGACGGGAGACGCCGCCGAUCCCGUUGAGGAGCCGCCGCCGAUGACGGGAGACGCCGCACGCUGACCUACCCCUCCCCAAUCCCUAGCCUCGCACCUCUUCCCGUCUGGCGCCUCCUACCUCGGCUGGGCGGUGGCCUCAAGUGCCUCUUCUUCCCCAAUGCGGCCUCAACCAACGACGCUGCACCCCGGUGAUGACUCCGCCCCAUGAUUCCCAUCGGUCGGCGCCUCGCCAGCAGUGACCUCCCCCUCCAUGUAUCCUGUGAUCCGGUCGUGCGCCACCGCCUCUCCAGGCGCCUAGAUCCCGGCUUCCAGAAGGGGAUAGGGGUGGAGGCGUCAGCGGAGGGGACAGGGAUGUGGACCGGAGAAACUACAUGGUGGAAGCACAACAAAGCGUUCAAGCACGGCACCCCAUCGCAUGCAGCUGCAGAAGGGAUGAAGGUCAUCCACGAGGUGUCUCAAGGUGAACCCCGUGGUACCCGACCAAGUGGCUGGAGGGAAUGGUGUAUGCUCACAAGUUUGUACAGACCAAUUUGCACUCGAACAAGAAUCCCACGAACCUUAAUGUGGCCUUUAAGUUUCAGAGUCGAUGCUUUAAGAGAGGGAAAAGCAGCUGCCCACACAAUGGUUUUCCAGUUAUACUCUUUAAAGAAUUUGUAG